AUGCAAUUCACAAACUUCUUCAUCCUGGCCUUUGCCUCGGCAGUUGCUGUAGGUAUCCAUCCUCCCACAUGACAUAUCCCCUCUAACAAACCCAGGCCCAAACAACCACAACCACAUCCACAUCUUCAACCCCGACGAACGUCGCCUCAGAAUCCCUCUCCUCGGUCUCAUCCUCGGUCUUCUCAUCUCUCUCCUCAGUCGCCUCUUCCGCCUCAACGCUCACCGGAUCAGCUGGAUCCUCAGUAUCCUCCUCCAUCAGCUCGGUCUCCUCGAGCCUCUCGAGCUCCCUCGCUUCCGCGACCUCGUCUGGAAGCACGUCUCUCAUCGUCACCACCCGCACUUCUACGAGUGGCAGCUCAACCUUCACUACUACCAGCACGUCUACUAGUGUUAGUCGCGCGGGUGCAGCGCAGACGAAUGCUGUUGGGGCUAUGGGUGCCGCUGCGCUUUUUGGUGGUGCGGCCUUUAUUGCGGCUCAGAUUUAAGGGUUGCGGUGUGAUGUGGCUGGGAACUGGAGCUGGAUUGAAGACUGAAAAUUUGUUGAGAGUGAUGUGCUGGAGUAAUGUUUGUAGUUCGGUUAGUGGGGUGCAUGGAUGUAAUGUAGAUAAUUGUUAAGACCAAC